UAGGAUCCAGCCGUGAUGCAUCACUGACUCACAAGGCGCCGUCUUUGAUUUGUGGAGGUCAUGCGCUAUAGUCUUACAACAUCGCUGUGGGAUAUAUAGUACGAUGGAAUUACUGCAAUGCUGACAGAACUGUCUCAACAACAAUGUCUUCCUCAAUGUCGCAGGAUGUCAUCCCACAACUCGACCUCGGGAACACGUUUGGGGCACUUUUUAUCGCCGUUAUCUUUGCAGCAAUUCUCUUUGGUGUGACAAACGUUCAAGCUCUCAUAUACUUUCAGACGCACGAAGACACAGGGAUGACAUUCUAUAAGCUGGUCGUGAUUUUGUUAUGGACACUUGAUGCUCUGCACCUAGCCUUGAUCAUCCAUGGUGUCUAUUAUUAUCUAGUGAUCAACUACGCAAAUGUCGCUGCGCUCUCAGGCCUUGUAUGGAGUGCCAAACUUCAGAUCCCAGUCGACACGCUCAUGAUUUGGGGGGUACAUCUCCUAUAUGUUCAUCGUAUAUGGAUAAUCAGCAAGGGCCGAUCAAGAGCUCUCCCUAUAACAGUGGGCAUAAUUGUGGUCUUAGGUUCAGGUGUUGCCAUCAGUCUUAAUUGGGCAACAUAUCGGUGCCGCACGUUCGAAGAUUUAUUGAAAACUUUCGAGUGGGCGAACUACUCGACAUUGGGUACACUGAGCUUUCUCGAUAUUCUUAUCGCAUCAUCGCUAUGCUAUCUCCUCAUCACCUCUCGUACUGGGUCCUCUAGUACCGAUUCCUUCCUAACAAAGCUCAUGAGUUACAUUAUUACUACCGGCUGUCUGACAAGUAUAUUUUCAUUGACAGUUAUCAUCACAUGUGCAGCGAUGCCGAAGAACUUCAUCUACCUCGGUGUUGAAUUUUCACUAGCGAAAGUAUACGUUAACUCGUACAUUGCACUCCUGAACGCACAAUACUACACACAGUCCAACGCAGACAAUCUUGUUCUUUCCGAAUUCUGCGCCGCAAGGCGAGAACUUCCCCACACCCCGGAAGAAUGCAUAUAAACAUGCAGGCGAUGAAGUGGCGCAUCCUGCUCAAUCUGCCAAGUGGUCGAGGAAGGUAACGAUGGAGAUAUAUUCUUUCUCGUCAGUGUGAUGGAUCGGUGUGCAUGAAUUUUGUCUGCCUGUAUCACGAAAUAAGACUCGCAGAUAACUUAUGUGUUUCAAUGUCUUCAAUGUUGCUUUAACGUGUUAUCUAUUUGCUGGCAACCGUCGAUUUGUUUUCAAACAGUUCGGCGCGAUGGGGAGG